GCAGCUGUUCUUCUGUAAACAUGGCGUCCGUAACAACAGCCACCUCGGAGUGGAUCCAGUUCUUCAAAGAUGCUGGGAUACCUGCUGGUCUGGCUGUCAACUAUGCCUUGUCUUUUGUGGACAACAGGGUCCAGAAAAACAUGCUGAUGGACCUCAGUAAGGAGAUCAUGAUGGACCUGGGCAUCACUGUCAUCGGUGACAUUAUUGCCAUCCUCAAACACGCCAAACAGGUCUACCGACAGGACAUGUGCAAAAUGGCCACACAGUCCAUAACCUCAGGACAGUCCAGCGUUCAGACCGAACUCCGAAGAACUGCCAACACCCCCGCCACACGUAUGAUUGCCAACGCCUUGAGCCGCGACUCACCGCCAAACACACCAGCCCAUCACCCUGACAACCGGGCAAUCUCUGUGACAGUGUCCAACAAACAGGCCAAAGGUGGCAAAGCAGUGCUGAGCCGGCCUGCUGACGAGGGGAACGGUCUGCCGGUGAAGCGUCGGCGCGUGACUGCAGAGAUGGAAGGCAAGUACAUCAUCAACAUGCCCAAAGGCACCACGGCACGCACCGCCCGAAUCCUGGCCCAGCAGGCCAAGAAAGGGAGCAAGCGGAUGUCUGUGUUUGAGCGACUGGGAGCCGAGUCCAAGGCAGAUACCACCACAGGCAGCAGCAAGGCCACGGGUGUGUUCAGUCGUCUGGGCCGAACAGACGGCGCGGAGGAGGAGCAGGGAACUGCAGGAAGGGUUGAUGUAGACGGAGUGGAAGAGGAGGAGGAGGAUGAGGAUGAUAGUGACGGAGAGGGUUCGGUCUUACAGUACGCUGGCGUCCUCAAGCGACUCCCACCCUCCCAGAAGAAAGAGCCUGUAGCCCCCAAGCUGGCCCCCACCACCCUCCGCCGCCUGGGAGGGAAAUUCAAACUCCCCCCCACUGAUUCUCCCUCCUCCUCGUCCUCUUCCUCCCCCGACGGCCUCCCCCCUGCCAAGCUCAGCGUGCUUCAGAGACUGGGCAAGCCCUCUGCCUCCCCACCGCCUGCCGACACCCAGGACAGCCGGGUGACCAGCACCAGAAAUAAGGCCCGGCCAGGCCUGGCCCUGGCUAGCCCCAAGGUCAGCAGCAGCACCAGGGCUGGGGGAGAGAGUUUUGGGGCUCAGAUGGACGUAGGGUCAGUCAAUGUCUUUAAGAGACUAGGCAGCAGGAGGACCUAACACAUAUCAGGUCAUGUCUAGACUUAAACCCUACUUUUUUAUUAUUUGGUAUUAUUCCCCUUACGUGUUGGAGUCAUGAAAAGCAUUUUGUUAUUAUAUCCAACCUUAGAGGUUUGAGACGACCACUGCAAUCGGCCUGGGUGAAUGAACAUUUUGGAUGUUUCAUCAGGUUUUGAAAGGUAAGUUUAGGUUCUAUAGGCAUAAAUUUGACCCAUCCGAGCUAACUACAUUUUUAGGUCAAGACACAUUUUCUCCAUGCUGCUGUUCCUCUGCCAAUCAAGGAGAUUAAACCUUCUGCACCCAUCUCCAGCGUUUAGUUGUAUUGUUUUAUGCUAUUGUUAUGGCAUGGAACCAACACUGGCCUCUUGACCUCAUAUGCCUCCAGUUGGGGAUGCCAUCCACAGUACAAAACAGAGGUCUGUAUUGUAGGCUUUUACAGAGAGCUGCUUCUAGUGAAGUUGGCCAAGUGACACAAUGGAUUGUUGGAAUGCACAAUGUAACGUUAUUCCUCAUAUCACGUAAGCACUCACCUCACUUGGGCCGUGACGACCUGGUACAGGAGAAGUACAGUCCACUGCUAAGACUUUAAUGCUGUAACUCUGGCCCUAGACUGGACAGCAGCAACUGGCAAACAAGUACAUCAAUGAACCUCUCAACCCACAAGCAAGAGAAUCUCAUCACCUCAUUUUAUAUGAACUGUAUCUGUAGAAAUGUGUAAAUGCAUAUUGCUUGAUGAUUUCUACCUUUUUUGAAGGCUCCACCGCCACAUUGAUCCUCUGGUUGUGUACAGCCAUCUGCUUGAAAGCCAAGAGAUUCCCCCCCCGGGGCUUAUUCAGUACGUAGAAAUGUAACGUAUAGAGCUCACAUGCUUCUCUUGUUAGUCAACUAAAGCAUCAUGUUAGUUCUGCACCAUACCCUUUCUAUCUAAAUGUGUAAUGUGCUUUCCUCUAUAAGCCCCUGGUUUGUCAUAAUUCAGCAUGGUAUAGGAACUGAUAUGUAAUGUCCCCUUGAUAUUGAUGCAAUACUUAGCAGGUGUUCACCCAACACAAUGUCAUUUUGAGACUGUCUUUUAUUUAUUUUUUAUUAAACUUCACACCGGAACUUUG